UGGUGCGGAGAGCACUGCUGCAAGCACGUGGGCAGCCAGCUGCUGAACCUCAGCAGCACGCGCCGCCUUCCCGCGGGACACCCUCUGCCCGCGGCGCCCGCCGCCCGAGCCAAGCCACGCCUCACCUGCCGCUUCCCGUAGCCUCACCGCGCAGGGGGCAGGAAACUACAGUCCCCAGAGUCCUUCGGGGCGGAGGCAUGGCGCCUGCGUGGUGCGCGGCCGGUGUUGUAAUCCCCCGCGAGCGCUGCUGCGCUCCCAUAGAGUCUCAGCAGCAGCAGUGACCUGCUGCGGGGACUGGGUGCAAGAGAACAACGGGGGAGGCUGGAGGGGUCGGGCGCUAUAAAAGGGGGGGGGGAGCAGCGUCUGUUUCCCCUGCGUGGUGCACCCUGGGGACGUGGAGGGUGUGAAUCCAUCUCCCGUCUUUCCCUCCGACUUCUAGCGCCAAGGGCUGCCGGGGUCUGAUCUCCCCCCCUUGGCUGCGGGAUUCGCCCUGCUGCUGGAGCAGCACCCGCAGGAUGUUGGAGCAGGACAAAGGCUGCUGAUCAGAGUGAGGGAGGCAAAGAGGAGGCAGCCGGCGAAGCAGAGUUACUAAAUCCCACUCUUCCACACCUUUGGAUGGGAAGAAUGAGGAUGGAAGAGCAGUGGUGGAAAGGGGAGCUGGCAGCAGACAUUCAUCAGACUCUGAGAAUGAAGGAACUGAAACUGCCUGUCUAUAAGGCCCAUUCACCACAGAUUGGGAUGCGCCGCUACUUUACUGACCUCUUGACUGUCCUCAGUAGCCGCUGCAAUCUCUGCCCUACAGCACGGCACCUUGCUGUCUACUUACUGGACCUCUUUAUGGAUCACUACGAUAUUACUGUCAAGCAACUGUAUGUCAUUUCGAUUGCCUGCCUUCUCCUAGCAAGCAAAUUUGAAGAAAAGGAGGAUCGCGUUCCAAAGCUGGAGCAGUUAAAUAACUUGGCUUACAUGUGCAACGUGAACGUGGUGCUAAACAAAAAAGACCUGCUCAAGAUGGAACUGCUACUCUUGGAAAACUUCAACUGGAACCUCUGCCUGCCGACUCCAGCACACUACAUUGACUACUACCUCUUCGCUUCUGUUGGUGAGAAGGACCUUCACAAUGGCUGGCCCAUCACCUCGCUGACCAAAGUCAAAGCUUUCAUGGAGAAAUAUGCUUACUACUUCCUUGAUUUCUCAGUGCAAGAUUAUGCUUUCCUCAACUUUCGACCAUCUCUGAUUGCUGCUGCUUGUGUGUGCGCCUCACGCAUCUGUAUGCAGAUUUCUCCCUCCUGGACCACACAGCUCCAGCUGGUAACGUGUUAUUCCUGGGAGCAUCUUGCCCAGUGUAUCGAAAUGAUGCUAAUAUAUUAUGAGAACGAUGUCAAAGAAGCCAGCAAACUGAAAAAACAAGUAACCUUGCAGCAGCAAGUAGUGGGAAGUGUGAACCACCAAACCACAACUCAGGUCCUGUUUCAGCAAUCCAGUUAUCCCCCACUAGCCCAGCACUCAACUACCCUUUCACAGUUCCAGUCUCCAGUGCAGGAUUUGUGCUCUGCUUACCGUGACUCCUUGCAGGCCCACAGGCCCAGCAGCCUACUCUCUGAGAGUGCUAGCACCUCACUGCAUUCUUACUCUGCUCUGCAGGCCAGCCUUCAACCUUCUGUGCAAACUCUGCCCAUCCAAGGACCUAUCACGAUGCAGGUAGCUAUAACAACAGAACCUAGACACUGCAUCUCCAUGGCCUAUGGCAGCAGCUAUUUCAGUGGACAUCACUCCUACACAGCCAGGUGUUUUGACAGAUGACUGUCUAGAAAAAUGGUGACGUGAGUAAAGUCUGAACAAAGGGCCCCAUGGGAUGAGACCCAAAUGUAUAUCUGCAGCGAAAGGAACAGGAACACAAAGGAACAGAAUCUUUACAACUAGUUGAUUCCGAAGACGUUUGCUCUUGAGACCCUUUUUAAUGUAGGUGCCAUUCCUGCAAGGAUUGGGGUGUUGUCUUUUAAUAAGACUGAGAGAAACAGAAAUGCAAUAACAUACAUCACUUUAGGUUGUCACUUUGAAAAGCAUCUUGUGUAAGAAGUUACACCCUGUGGGGCUUACUAGCUUAGUCUUCUGUACAGCAGGCUCCAGUUAAUCACAAAUGCUAACACUUGUGAUUUUAAAGGGUUAUUUUGAGCAGGAAUGCCUGGAGGGACUUCUCAAAUAACAUUCUUGUGGGAGGUUAUUGUUGAAAGUGGCGUCUAUCCAAAGGUCUCUCUGACAGUUUAUUCCACUGGAAACUACCAUUAAAAAUGAUGAUAUAGAAGCUUCUUGAUGCUAUCUGGAUGAACAAUCCCAGUCUGUGCAAAAUCUCUCUGUAAAAUGUUGUUUUUCCUUUCCUUGAUCUGGAGUGAAAGCAACUCAGAUGACCAUCAAAUCCUCUUUGCCUUAAAAGUCCUCUUGGAUUUGGGUGCUGUGCCACUGAACAAAACCUCUCUGCCUUCAUGUAAAAAAACCUCAAUCUUAAAUCACCUCUAGGAUUUUUAAGAUGCUGCUGCCUUAUGUGACUGGAUAUAAUUUGUUUAGUAAAAUUGUUUACAAGCUACAUCAGGGAUCUAAUGUUACUUGAAGAAAACCCCUUGGAAGAAAAUUCUUAUAUAUACACUGAAGGGGUUCACUGCCUUCAGUUUAGUAUUUUUGGGGAUUAAUGUAUUGUGGUCAAAGUGAAGUUUAGGACUGAAGAACUUGUACUAAUGAAGAGGAGGUGGAGAAGGGGAACCAGUUAAUUCUACCAUGGAAAUUAGGAAUGGUUAUGCCUUUAUUCUAAGACUGCAAUGUUAGGCUGUACAGAACUUUGGUCUUUAAAUUCCAUCUUGGAGCAUUCUAGCAAAACUGGGUUAAGGGUACUAGUAAUUUAACUGAAAUGAGAAUACCUGCUACCAUGUAUCCAAAGGGUUAUGUUUUUAAAAUCAUUUUGAGCUGGAACUUCCUGUGUUUGGUUAAAAAUUCUAUGUAGGAUUUGUAUGGUAAUGUAGAUGGUUACAAGUAACAUGGAGACUUCUACUUGGGUGUAGAACACUCACUUGAUAUGCAACCACCAUUCUGUAGUUGCUGAAAGCCAGUAUUCUUUUUUAAAGGUUCUCAGGACAGCAGUAUAGAUAAUGUGCAAUAUGCUUUUACUCUGAACUGUGGCAAAUGCUGUUUUGUUUUUUUUUUAAAUAUCACGUUAGACAGUGCUGUUUAAGUUAUAUUUUUAGAGAAUUUAGUUUUUAAGGGAUGUGUUGGGGGGUGGAGGGCAAAUCUCUCUCAAAAAUAACCUGUCUGCUAACAUUUGUUUUAACGAUGAGGGUCUCCUUAAAAAUAUUGCAUUCUGUAAUUUUGUGUCACACAGUAAGAUGACCAUGUCCUUAGCAGAACAGGCUAGGAAAGUUUAAAAUCUGUUUCAUUUUUUAAAUUUUUUUUAAGUUACAAAUCCUAACAAAACUGAAGAGGUAAUGCCUUACAGAAAUUAGUUUAGCAACUUAGAGAAUUUAGUUCACUCUUUUUUUAUUCUGUUUGUGUAUUUAUAUGGAACUUUUUUCUACAAGGUUUUAGCGUAUCUUAAUGACUGUUAUAGUCGGCCAUUCAGCAGACUGUAAAGAACCUCUUAAACAUGCAGGGAAUAUUUUGGUACUAGGGCAUUUCUGACUGUGGAAUCCAUGUGUUUUUUCGUAACCUCUCUAGAACAGGUCAUAUGAAGUCUUGUGUUUGACAGUCUGCAGUCACUCUUUAGUGACCAUUUCCACUGCUAGCUUGAUGAAGAUUGUCCAAUAAACAAAAGACCUGUAUCUGACUACUUAUUUGUUAAUACUGUCUGCGUUCUCAUAGUGUAUUUCUCCUAAAAGGAGCCAGUGAGCUUCUGCCCCCACCUUGCACAGAGUAAUCCCUUGGUCAAGUAUCUGUGUAUAGAAGCUAUAGCUGUCGACAGUGCUUCCUGGGACACAACAGAAAAGUACUCUUGGCAAAAGUGAUACACAGGAUGAAUUAACAAAUGGUAUUUCCAUGGUUUAGGAAACCUAUGCAGGAAGGCUUUGCAAAAAAGGAAUUGUAAAGGAUCAGGGAGGUGCUACUCACUGCUUGGGAAGUGAAGAACUAUUCCAAGUGUAAGAUGUGGCAGCAUACAAGCAAGCAAGAAGUGAAUCAGGGAAGCAGUCUAAGGAGCAAUUAGAAAUGAUGCAGCGGGACUGAGGGCAUGUGGUGAAAUAACCGCUUGUGAUGUGAUGUGACCAAUACAUUUCUUAGGCAUCUGAUCACGCUGCUUAUGCAAUUUGAAUUCUGAAUUGGAGAGUACGCUCUGCAAUUUCUUUCUUUCCUUCAUGGUCACUUUUCUCUACACAUGUCCUUUCCCUGGAUUCUCUCAAUUUUGUUCUUUAUGUCCUGUGCAUAGAUGAGCCCCAAAACAAAGCUCUGAAAGAAGCAUAUAGAGGUUUCUCAGAAUAGAUGGGCUAAAAAGCCCAAUGUUGCCUCUUGUUUUGGGAGAACAAUGCCUCUGAAUGCUGGCAGGAGUUCCACUUUAAUUUCCUGGCUAGUGUACAUUUUAGCCACACCUAAUAUUGUGUGUGAAUUUCCUUUUGUUUUUAAUAAAAACAUGCCACCUCUGGAAGUAGCUAAAGUAGGAAAGCUCAGACAACUGUAAUGUAACUGUAAACCUGAUCAUGUCACUUACAUAGCUGCACAAAAAGCUGGGUGAGUUUUUAAAGCUUAAUGGAUGUUACAGGACAUUUUUAAAAAUUCACUGGUAAUUUUUUAAAAGAUAGAAGUGGGUUGCAAAAUUAGAUGAGAAAAUUCAAAAGCUAUUUUUUUCUUAACACUUAUGAAUCUUAAUAUGUAGCAGGUGUAUAUGGGGGAAAGCGUUCCAGUGAUUAGCAAGUGAUUAGGAAGACUACAGUGAGUUCACUAAUUGAGAUCUUUAUGCUUUGGAGCUAACAUAGACAUUCCUUAUUUAGUUUUCUAUAAUGUUUUGCGAUAAUGGCUUUGACUACUCCCCAAACA